AUGGAGAGAUACGAAACUUUGAGUCUUGUACAGGCCAUCCGUGAGAAAUAUUUCGGUGUAAAUUGGUCAACGGUUUUUGCUAUUGUGGUGUUCGUAUGCAUCACAACCCGGAUUAUCUCGGGGCUUCAAAGUCGACGUGAGCGAGAUCCUUCAAAACCACAGACGGUGCGACUAGCACCUUAUUGGUUUCCCUGGAUUGGGCAUGGCCCUGCCUUCUUAUGGAAUCAUGUCACUUUCUUUACAAGAACUCGGAAAUCCAUGAAUGAGCCUGUAUUUGGUAUUUACAUUCGCGGUGUGAAGCACAAUGUUGUGGCUUCUCCAUCUAUGAUGAAGACUGCUUUAUCUGUCAAAUCUGCUACAACACACAGCCAGGUGCUCGAUCAGGCUCUGCAUAACGUCUUUGGCGACCGCGGCCUCAUCCGCCAUCUGGAUAUGGAUCGUCACCAAGGAGUUAGCGACAAGGCUCCUACCAUUCUCAACGAAGAAGCUUUUGUCGCCGAGGCUUCGUCUGCUAUUACCCGCUUGGUGCAACGUGAAAUGCCGAAUCUGGUGAGCUUCUGCCGGAGCAUUGUUGACCAAUAUCCCUGGGAGCGUGGCAUCAGUGGAGUUGAACUUCCCGAUGAAGGGGACCAGACAGUUUGCGAAGCCAAUUUGUUUGCACUUGUGAGCAAUUUCAUUGGUCACGUCACUUCUACUUUCCUGAUGGGUGAGGCGUUCGUGGAGAAUUUCCCUAAUCUCUCAGAAGACCUUGGAAGACUCGACGAUUGCUUUGUGACAUUGUUUCUUGGCACUCCUCGUUGGGCCCCGCAUCCAGCGGCUUCAGCAGGGCAUGCGGCUAGUGACCGGCUUUGCCAUAUCUUUUCAGUCUUUCACCGAGCUUUUACUGCGUGGGACGAUGGGAUUGAUCCCGGCAUUGAAUUGCGUGAUCUUGAUGAUGUCUCUGAACUGUUCAAAGAUAGGAUGCGGACUUUCCGCAAAUUGGAACUAUCUCCAGGUGCCAGUGCUGCAGGGCACUUGUCUCUGUAUUAUGAUCUGAUUGAACACACGACUAAGAUCACUUUUUGGACAAUUACUCAUCUCUAUGCCGAGCCUUCACUUCUCGAUCAAGUCCGCAAAGAGAUUGCUCCGUACGUGGUGGCUUCCAGACCAACCCGUGAGGAAACGGGGUUCCCCUUUGAUGAACCCCCUCGUCUCUCUCUGGAUAUUGAAAAAGUACUCACAUCUUGCCCGCUAUUCAAAGCGUGUUACUAUGAGACUGUGCGCCUUCAUUCAGCAGGAAUAUCAUUCAACAACCUGGCGUCCGAUGUGACACUUUCCGAGUCGGCAGAAGAAGCCGCUUAUGGUCUGACGGAGCCCCGUACAUACAAGAUUGCAAAGGGCGAGGAUAUUAUUGUGCCCCAUGGUGCCUAUUACCACGAUGCUCGAUACUUCUCAAACCCGGAGCAGUAUGAUCCCCUACGGUUUCUCGUGACUGAUCCUGCAACGGGAAAACAACGAGCUGAUUCAAACAUCCUCGCUCCCUUUGCGGAUGGAUUGUAUGGAUCGACAAACAAUGGCUUUACUGAGCGAGCUAUCUUGACUUUCACUGCUGGGAUUGUGGUCUUGUGGGAUAUUGAGCCCACAAAUAGUAAAUUCCUCUCAGUUCCAGGGCACAAGACUAGCUGGGGGGCUUUCCGACCGACCAAAGAGCUGCGAGUGAAAAUGAAAUUGAGGAAUCCCAAUAGGGACUACGACCUCACAACCCCAAUCAUAUCCACAACUGGACUUCGCCAGGGCCUGACAUCCUAUGGAGAUGCCCAUUUCUCCCUCUUUCUUCGAAAAGUGUUUAUCAAGGCACUCGGAUAUUCAGAAGAUGCGCUAUCACGUCCAAUCGUGGGUAUCAUCAACACUUUCUCCGGGUUCAAUCCCUGCCAUGCCAAUGUGCCCCAGCUUAUUGAGGCGGCCAAGCGCGGCGUGCAACUCAACGGAGGACUGGCGAUCGAAUUUCCUACCAUCAGUGUUGCCGAGUCAUUCUCGCAUCCAACCAGCAUGUUCCUGCGGAAUCUUAUGAGCAUGGACACGGAGGAGAUGAUCCGGGCUCAGCCGUUGGAUGCUUGUAUAAUGAUUGGGGGGUGUGAUAAAACCGUUCCUGCUCAGUUGAUGGGUGGCAUCUCUGCCAACAAGCCAAUCCUACCACUGAUCACCGGCCCAAUGAUGCCAGGAAGCCACCGCGGUCAGCGUAUUGGAGCCUGCACUGAUUGCCGAAACAACUGGGCGGCUUUUCGAGCGGGUGAAAUUGACGUCGAAGAGAUCUCGGCCAUCAAUGAAGAGCUUGCUCCAACUAUGGGGACAUGUGGUGUCAUGGGGACUGCUAGUACAAUGGCUUGUGUGACUGCUGCGUUGGGAAUGAUGCCGCUUCGGGGUGCAACUGCACCAGCAGUAUCAUCCGCACGACUGCGAAUUGCCGAGGAGACUGGUGCAAAUGCAGUUUUAAUUGCAAAGUCCAAGAGAAAGCCACAAGAAAUUCUGACUAAGGAAUCGUUCUGGAAUGCCAUCACAGUGCUCCAGGCUAUCGGGGGUUCGACAAAUGCCGUUGUUCACCUGCUCGCUAUUGCAAACAGGCAUCCAGAACUGCAGGGAGUCAUCACUUUAGAUACUAUUGAGGAGAUUGGCCGCAAAACCCCGCUGUUAAUUGACCUCAAGCCGAGUGGAGAUAACUAUAUGAAUGAUUUUCACAAUGCAGGAGGCAUGAUGGCGCUGUUGCAUGUGCUUAGGCCUUUGCUCCAUCUUUCUGCUCUGACAAUUACUGGGCAAACUCUGGGUGAGGUUCUCGAUGCGUCCCAAUCCAAGCGACUUUCCUUUGCACAACAGAUUAUUCGGCCAAUGUCGGAUCCUUUGUUUCCCGCGUCAUCGUUGGCUGUUCUGCGUGGCAAUCUUGCCCCAGACGGGGCGGUUCUCAAAGCCUCGGCCUCAAAAUAUCGGCACUUACUCUCACAUACUGGACCGGCUGUAGUAUUUGAAAAUUCAGCUGACCUUGCUCAGCGGAUCGAUGAUCCGAACCUUGUUGUCACGAAGGACAGUGUGCUGGUCCUGAAAAACAUCGGCCCAGUGGGCAAUCCAGGUAUGCCAGAGGCUGGUCUUAUACCGAUUCCAAAGAAGCUAGCAGAGGCAGGAGUUAAGGAUAUGUUGCGGCUUUCGGAUGGUCGAAUGUCAGGGACCGCGGGUGGAACCAUUAUCCUACAUAUCUCGCCUGAAGCUGCGCUGCCAGAGUCACCAUUUGGCGUGGUGGAGACCGGCGACUUGAUUAUCUGCGAUAUCGAGACUAGGAAGUUGCAUUUGGAAGUUUCCGAGGCAGUAUUACAGACUCGAAUCGAGAAACGCAGACAGAGUCUUGUCUCGUUUGCAAUGAGUUUCGACCCUCUUCGCCCACGGGGGCGCCCAGCCCACACGCCUGGCACAACGAUACUGGCCUACACACCUGACGGACGACGGAUCAUUACUGGUGGCUCUAACUCGGCAAUUCGUAUCUACACGGUUGGCGAAGAUGGAGAGCCCAAGACCAUCGACGAAGGUGUUGACGCGCAUUUCGGCAUUGGUGCUACGAAUCGGUCUUUCAUCAUGGGUGCCGAGGAUGGAACAGUCUGGAAGUACGACAUUAUAUCGGGCAAGAUGCAAAACUUGCUUGUACGAUGCGCUUUACCGGUCCGGGACAUUGCAGUGACGAGAGACGGGGAAUGGGUUGCGGUAGCAAGCGAUGAGCUCACAGUCAAGAUCGUGAAAGUCGACGACAUGACACAAGUCAAGUAUCUUCGGGAACAAUCCAAGGGAACGAAGCAUGUCACAUUCGAUCCCAGUGGCCGAUAUGCGACAGUAUCCGGCACAGAUGGAAUCCUCUAUAUAUACUCCAUGCACGAAGAGGAGCCGGAGUUAGUCCGCAAACUCGAUGGAGUGAUUCGACGACUGGAGCCAGAUGCCGAGGCGACAUCGAGAGCAGUAUGGCAUCCGGAUGGUACUGCAUUUGCUUCUGCGGAGGCGACCAGAGAUAUCUCUAUCUACUCAACCUCGGAGUGGAAGAAAGAGAAAACAUUCACUGGCGGUCAUACCGGCGACAUCACGGCCUUGAGCUGGGCCCCGAACGGAUCCCUUCUGGCAUCUGCAGCAGCAGAUGGUUAUAUUGUGCUAUGGGAAGCAAAGACGCAAAAGAUAUUGCAGCGAUACGACUUUGGAAAUGUCAUGAACCUAUCCUGGCAUCCGACUAAGAACUCACUUUCAUUCACAACUUCAGACGGAGAACUUUUUAUUUACGAUAACUUUGUGCCGAAAGAUCAUGAGUCUCUCCUGCAGAAACCGCUGCAGGCUGCUCCUAUCUUGCCCGGGCCUCUGGGCGAGAUCUCCAACAAUGUUGGGCGAACCACGCUGGCAGAGCGAUCCAAGGAGGCCAUCCAGCGAGCGGCGAGAAGAGGAACUCCAGACUCGCUGGAUGACAUCCUUGGUGGAGAUGACCAGAUGAUGGAUUUCGUCGAGGAUGAUGAUGGGGCUGGCUAUGCCGACGAGGAACUAAACUUGUAUGGCAAGCGGCCAAACGAUCAUCUCGAUGAUCUCGGUGGCACUAGUAACAAGCGCCUUUACUCUGGGUUUGAGAAGCCCAAGGCCCAUCCACCUCUUCAACCCGGCAGCACACCUUGGGCCGGGAGUAGGAGAUAUCUCUGCCUGAACUUGACGGGAGCUGUCUGGACGGUGGACCAGGAGACACAUCACACUGUUACUGUGGAAUUCUAUGACCGAGAAGCUCAUCGAGACUUCCACUUCACUGAUCCAUAUAUGUACGACAAGGCUUGUUUAAAUGACAACGGAACACUGUUUGCCAAUAACCCUUCGGAUGGUAGUCCGGCCACUAUCUUUUACCGGCCACACGAAACGUGGACUGCACGAGCGGACUGGCGGACUGAAUUGCCCGAGGGAGAACAAAUUCGAGCUCUGGCACUCAGCGAUUCAUACAUUGUCGUUGUCACAUCAAAGGACUACGUUCGAGUGUACACUCUCUUUGGAACUCCUUUCAAGGUGUACCGGCAGAAGAGCCAAGCUGUGACUUGCGCGGCCUGGCGUAACUACAUUAUGAGUAUUGGAAACGGCCCUAUAGGGAUUGAUGGCCAUGCAACUUUGCGAUACACGGUGGAAAAUGUCAAACGCGACGAGAUUUGCCAAAACGAAGACACUGUCGCCCUUCCGGAAGGGGCUUCUUUGCAGAGUGUUUUCUUCUCCGAUAAUGGGGAUCCCUGUAUCUAUGACUCGACUGGCGUCCUACUAGUUCUGCAACACUGGCGCACACCCGGCCAAGCCCGAUGGGUACCACUCUUGGACACGAAGCAAAUGGCCCGUCUCGCGGGAGGGCGGAAAGAAGAGACAUACUGGCCAGUGGCUGUCGCACAAGACAAGUUCCAUUGUAUCAUUCUCAAGGGUGGCGACAAGAACCCUUACUUCCCGCGGCCGUUGCUCAGUGAAUUCGACUUCCAGAUCCCAGUUGCCAGUGCUCCCCCGAAGGAUUCCAGCGAAUCCGAAGACACGACAGCCGAGGGUGCCCGUUUCGAGGAAUCAUUCGUACGUGGAAACGUACUUUUGUCGCUCUUCCGCGACCUUCUCUCGUCGACCAAUGCGACAGCAAGCCAGCGCUCUGACUUGGCGCGGAGGGAGCUCGACUUAGAUAAGAACUUGCUGCAGAUGCUGGCCAUUGAAUGCAGAGAGGGCGAGGAGCGUGGUAUGAAGGCGCUGGAGCUGGUGGCCUUGAUGACGGAUCGCAAUGGUAAGAUGCUCGAGGCGGCCGCUAAGGUUGCGCAGCGUUAUGGACGUGGCGUUCUAGAGGACAAGAUCCGCGAUCUGGCUGAACGACGUGUCAUGGGAAUGGGAGACGAUGAUGAACUGGCUUGA